UUACAACUGCACUGUGACUACAAGGUUCUUCCUCCACUUGACUCAAACCACAAAGGAUUCUGGUUGCUUUAGGAAUUGGUAGCCCCUCUCCAUGAGGAACUGGACGUAUUGUCGAUGGAAUAUUUGGAACUACAGAUAACUUUUUCUUCUUAUUUAGCCGUUGUUACAAUUGGAGGCACCAUACAAAAAGUAACAAUUGGUUAUCACAUGAUGAUCUUGGCUUUUCCAAAUCUUGGCGAAAGGAUGCCUUUUUUUCCAUUCAACCAUUGCUCCAUGUGAAUUGCAGCAUACAGCCCAGCUCUUGUCCUGGUCUCCUAUCUUGCAGCAGUUGUAGGCUUUCUUAAUCAUU